CCUGCAAUGAGGAGGCAGAAUGAUAGCUCUGUGGUUGAGUUCAUCCUCUUGGGCUUUUCUCACCUUCCUGGGCUCCAAGCACACCUGUUUAGAGCUUUCUUGGUUAUUUAUCUGAUGACUCUGACAGGAAAUGCUAUUAUUGUCACUGUCAUUUUCCUGGACCAGAGCCUGCACAUCCCCAUGUACCGGUUCCUGCAGAACUUGUCAGUGGUGGAAGCGAGCUUCAGCACAGCCAUUAUGCCCAAAAUGCUGGUAGUCCUGACCGCUGAGAAAGCCACCAUUUCCUUUGGGGACUGUUUUGCACAGAUGUAUUUCAUUCUUCUCUUUGGUGGGACUGAGUGUUUUCUCCUGGGGGCAAUGGCUUAUGACCGAUUUGUUGCAAUCUGCCAUCCUCUGUCCUACCCAGUCAUUAUGAACAAAAGGGUCUUCAUGAAACUACUGAUAUGCUCAUGGGUCUUGGGCAUCAUGGUAGCAACUGUGCAGACCACAUGGGUGCUUAGCUUCCCUUUUUGUGGUCCUAGUAAAAUUAAUCAUAUAUCAUGUGAAACCCCAGCCGUGCUGGAGCUUGCAUGUGCAGACACAUUCCUGUUUGAAAUUUAUGCCUUCACAGGCACCAUUUUGAUUGUCAUGGUCCCUUUCCUGUUGAUUCUCUUGUCUUACAUCCGAAUUCUCUUCGCCAUCCUGAAGAUGCCGUCCUCUACAGGGAGGCAGAAGGCCUUUUCCACGUGUGCCUCUCAUCUCACGUCUGUCACUCUCUUCUAUGGCACAGCCUGCAUGACCUAUUUGCAGCCCAAAUCCAGGUACUCACCAGACACCAAGAAACUGAUGUCAUUGGCUUACUCUCUGCUCACACCUCUGCUGAAUCCACUCAUCUACAGCCUGAGGAACAAGGAGAUGAAAAAGGCCGUGGUGAAAUUAUGGCAAAGAAAAGUGGCUUUACAUACCAUGUGA